AUGUCUCCCGACAAGGAGCCCCCGAAAUUCCGUCUGAUAAGCGUACCCAUGGUCAAAUGCAAGCCUCCGAAAUCUCCAGUUACGUUAGCAAGCAGCUCAGGAUUUGACGACCCCAGACUCCGUUUUUCCCUCGUUGAGGCUGCUCCAAACAUCGUGAACCUUUGCCACUUAUCUCAUCCUGCCUUAGCAAUGUGCUGUGACCAGCCGGUGAAUGCUUUUGGAGAAAACCACACUGCGGAUUUCCAUCCAGAGUAUUUCAACACUAUUCCCUUGAAAUCAACAGUACAGAAAACCCGUGCGCUUGCGGCACACAAUUCGGUUCGAGGCUUCAGGGAAAUACCACCUAGUUCUGAGUUGAUUCACGAGUUUGCAUGUCGCAGCAGCAACCAAGUUCAAACGGGAUCGUGUAGGUGUUCCACCCUAGAAGAACCGAUCUGCCCAAUCGUGCUACAACAUGAUCCAAAAUUUCCGAAGGAAACUAACCGUUGUUCAGAGGGUUCACCCACGUAUCAGAGUGUUCCAUUCUCAGGGAACAAUGUUCAAAUAAAUGGAGAUCUAAAGCCACGAAAUACUGAAGAGAAGAAUGGAGGGGCUAAACUCGAGGUCACUAACUCAGAUGAAGGGAAUCUAGUGCUUAAUGAUCUUGACCGCUUGUUGGAUGAAUUAUUUGGACGGAAAAAGCUUUUGCUUGAAAAACUCUCACAGGAAGAACAAAAAUUGGAAGAAUUGAAUAAAAAAGAACAGGCUUUGGCUCGCAGACGUAAUAUUCAAAAUGGAUCAACAAAUAACAUUCCAAACGGACACCUACAUACUAGUCUGUCGGACCUGUCUUCAAAUGAAUUCAGAGUCUCUUCAAUAUCUGGAGCAGCCACAUGUCUUCGACCACCAUUCAAAUGGAGAAAUUCUCGACGUUCUAAAAGUGCACAUGAACGGGCGCCUGAAUCAGCAAGUCCACAAAUGUAUCCAGCUUAUCGAUACUCGGAUGUCAGCAAUCCAUUUUAUGCUCCUUCCAAUCCAGAGAAGCGAGAAGUGAUGGGGAGCCGCAUUCCCCCAGACGAAGCCAACCAGGCCAAUAUACCAAAGCGAUUGAUGAGAUGGUUGAGACAGAACCGGCGGCGAGCUACCGUGGGAGACAGUAGGCGUCAGUCAACAGGUUUCUUUGGAGUGGCAGAUAGAUCGCCACCCAGUAAAGGUGGACAAACACAACGGACCCGAGGGAGCAGUAUGCCUCCCGUAGAACGCAACAAACCAGUUAGUGCUGACAUAAUACAUGCGGGAAACGAUCACGCAACCAAGAACCAGUCUAACUGCCCUAUGCCCAACAUGAAUCAGAUCCAUUUUAACACCAGUGCUGCUCCAAUGCACAAUGGGCAGUUAUAUCACAUCCGACCCAUCACAGUACCAGGCACAUAUACAUUUGUAUUACAGAAUGAACUGGAAUUCGGUCAUGCACAUACACGGGUGACCAUGGAUGGCAACCAUGCUCCUUCCGCUGAAGACAAGUUCACGAGCAUUCGAUUCCUUCCCCAAACAUACGUUUCAUCUGCCAACGUUCAGCCUUUCCCAGCCUCUGUCGGAUACGCCUACAUUAAACAGUCGACCAAAUUACCGGCAGACUCCCGUACGGUGGAUUUAGCUCCUGCUGCAAGACAAAAGUCUGGUAUGCAGAAUGGCUCCGUUCAACAUUUGCCUACUUACCAGAGUCAGCAUCAGACAGCUCCUAAAUGGACAACAGUUCGACGCGAAUCUAGACCUUCACUGCACCAACAGAAGGUCACGCCAAGUCCACCGCCACUACCACCAAAAGUCUGUCCACGAUAUUCCAUGGAUAAACAACUGCUGGGCGACGGGCGUAUCCGGUACCAAACAACGUCAGUAAAUUCGAACGUACAUGUGAAGCCAGUGGUGUCAGAAACGCCGACUUCUGGUACCCAAAUGCAGCUCCUACUUGCCCCAAUGUUGCAAACAAACCUUAGUAACGGGUCAGUCAAGAAGACUCAGGUACCGGCGUUCUACAUGCAUCCGGUUGGUACAGAUAUGCCACAAACUUGUGCCGUGCAACUGAGCAUGUCGGAUUUACGUGUGGCAAGUAGGGAUGGCGAAAAUAAGCCGAUGACCCUGAUAGGCAGUUUGUGCACAGAGGCCAACUUUCCAAAGCAGACUGACCCACCCAACUGCGCACUGAUGAUGUCUCUUCAUAUGGUGACGAAACGUUUGCAAGCCGAUUGCCAAGCUCGGCGAACAGAUCAACCGCCUCCUGAUCAACAGCCAAUAAGCACACCCGAGCUAACAGUAUUUCAACACAUUACUAACAUGAUGAAUCGAUCGAAUCGAUUCACCCAGGGACAACAAUAA